ACACAUUUUUCCCACCGCGCAGAAAGCAGGAUGGAGGGYUCCGUUUCAUCUGUUUCUCUCAGAGAGUUUGGCUGUGAACAGACUUUACUGUCUCGACCUGAUGGUUCCGCUUCUUUUGUUCAGGGUGAUACGAGUGUGAUGGCCGGAGYGUACGGACCUGCUGAGGUCAAAGUCAGUAAGGAAAUCUACGACAGAGCAACCCUGGAGGUGUUGAUCCAUCCUAAAGUGGGACUGCCAGGAGUGAGGGAGCGCUCACAGGAGCAGUGUGUGAGGGAAACAUGUGAGGCAGCUCUCCUCCUCUCUCUUCACCCUCGCUCUUCGCUCACACUCGUUCUUAAGGUGCUGCAAGACGACGGCUCCCUGCUGGCCUGCUGCCUGAACGCCGCCUGCAUGGCUCUGAUGGACGCCGGCCUCUCCAUGAGCUGCCUGUUCUGCGGCGUGACCUGCGCCAUCGCUGCCGACGGUCAGAUCGUCACCGACCCCUCCGCCGCUCAGGAGAAAGAGAGUCGAGCUUUGAUGACGUUCGCCAUCGACAGCUCGGAGCGCAGGGUGAUCAUGUCCUCGACCAGAGGCUCGUUUUCAGUCCACGAGCUGCAGCAGUGUGUAGCUGUGAGUCAGAAAGCUUCAGAGAAGAUCUUCAGCUUCUACAGAGACUCAGUGAGGCGGCGCUACUCCAAAAACCUCUGAUGGAGAAGCUUCUUAGUGGUUUUUUAAAUAUAUUUUUUAUAAAUAAAAUUGUUAGUUUAGGUGUCCAGUAUGGGAUAAAUCUUGUUCCAGCAGGAA